AAGUUUUAUGCUAAGAAAAAAGAAAUUUAUCUUUUUUGAAAAGUCUUGCCCCUUGGUCCCCUUUGUAACGUAAUCCUGGCUCUGUUCUUGGAAUCUGAUAUCCUUUGAUUGGGGUCUUCUGUCCUCAAUAAUGCUUCUUCUCACAUUGAAGUUAGAAACUUAAUUGUUAACCCCCAUUGUUGUUCUUCAAUCCUACCCAAUAUUUUAACAUGCCCAAAUUAAAAGAAAAGCUACCAUUGUUUGCUUUAUUUGUAAUUCUACUCCCUGGUGUUUGCUUUGCUAGGCAUCUUAUUAACCAAGAUUGUGGCUCUACUUUCUGUGGGAAUUUGAAUAUCAGUUUUCCCUUCCGAAUAAAAGGCCAACCCCCCCAGUGUGGUUACAUUAACCUUGAAUUAGAGUGUGAAAACAAUAAUCGCACCACUUUAGUUGGAAGAGGAGGGAAAUUCUCUGUCCAACAAAUCAUUUACGAAGAUUAUACAAUGCGAGUGGUCGAUGCAAGCAUGGACACAGAUGAUUGUAAUUCCCUUCCUCUUAGUUCUGUAUAUGAUUAUUAUUAUGAUUAUAUAAAUAAUUAUUAUGAAUAUAAACCGUUUCCUUUUUUUGUUAAUGAUUAUUAUGGUAGAUGGUUAGAGUCUAGCAUUAUUCAUGUUGUGAAUUGCACGAAACCUAUAAAAUCAUCACUUUAUAUUGAGGCUUCUCGUUGUACCACCAAAUCCAAUCCUCCUUCUUCCCUUCCAACUUUUCAUUUUUAUUUUUUAAAUGGAAAUAUCCACCCAUCUGAUAUCAAUCAAGCUUGCACUGUGGAAGCGGAGGUUCCAAUUAUGGUUCGUAAUAUAACAGGCAUGUUUACAUUGGAUAUCUACAAAAAACUACUAGAAGGUAUUUGGGUUACUUGGAAUGAAUGCACCUACCAGGGCUGCGACUACAAUAACAAAGUUUCGUUUAAAGAAGUAUUGUUCGAUGUGCAAUAUAAAUUGAGAGCCUAUUUUGGGAGCAUUUCACGAUCAAUUUUCUACGGCGGCAUUUUUUAUUAUUCUAACUAUUAUGCACAGGAUAAUUUUUAUCUUGGAGUAACAGCGGGGUUCUUCAUACUCAGGGCUUUGCUUGGGAUACCUUGUUUGUUUGGGCUUGUUAUUUACAAAUGGAAUAGAAGACAUUUAUCCAUGGAUAAUAAGAUUGAAGAGUUUCUUCAAAGUCACAGUCUAGCACCAAUUAGAUAUUCUUUCAAAGAAAUUAAAAAAAUGACAAAAAAUUUUAAAUAUAAAUUAGGUGAAGGGGGUUAUGGCUCUGUCUUUAAAGGAAAGCUUCGCAGUGGACAUUAUGUGGCAAUUAAAUUGUUAUGCAAGUCAAAGGGUAACGGCCAAGAUUUCAUAAAUGAAGUUGCUUCUAUUGGGAGAAUUCAUCAUGUUAAUGUGGCAAAACUUAUUGGAUUUUGCGUGAAGGGGUCAAAGCAAGCUCUUGUAUAUGAGUUCAUGUCAAAUGGAUCUUUAGAUAAAAUCAUAUUUUCAGAAGAAAAUAAGAAGACAUUAGGAUGGAAAAAAAUGUUUGAUAUUGUGCUUGGGGUGGCUCGAGGAGUUGACUACUUACAUCAAGGGUGUGACAUGCAAAUUCUGCAUUUUGAUAUCAAGCCACACAAUAUUCUUUUAGAUGAGAAUUUUAAUCCAAAAGUUUCAGAUUUCGGUCUUGCUAAGUUGUAUUCAGUGAAGGAUAGCAUUGUCUCUCUCACUGCUGCACGAGGCACAAUAGGAUACAUUGCUCCUGAAUUGGUUUACAAAAAUCUUGGAGGCAUAUCAUACAAGGCCGAUGUUUAUAGCUUUGGAAUGUUAUUGAUGGAAAUGGUAGGAAGGAGAAAGAAUUUGAAUGCAUUUGUUGACCGCACUAGUCAAAUCUAUUUUCCAUCAUGGACUUAUGAUCGACUGGAUCAAGGAGAGGACAUAGAGCUAGGAGAUGUUUCUGAUGAUGAAAAACUGCUGGUGAAAAAGAUGAUAAUAACAGCCUUUUGGUGCAUAAAAUUAUUGCCUAUUGAUCGUCCUUCAAUGAGCGAAGUGCUAAAGAUGCUUGAAGGGGAUGUUGAACUCCUUCAAAUGCCCCCUAAACCAUUUCAUCAUCUUCCUCUUGAUACAUCGAUGUAAGUAGAUGGUUGUGAGAGCUCUGUUGAUAAGCCAAGCACAUCAUCCUCGGCUGUUACUAUAAUUAAUUCAAAUGUCUAAUGGGGUUGGAAAUAUCUCAUUUCAUUAUCUCACCUUUGUAGUUUUAUAUUAAUUUUCUUUUAUACGUAUAAAGUAUCUUAUUAUGUGUGUUGUAUAUGUCGGCAGAUUUAUAUUUUUGUUCCGUAUCAAAGUUUGCAACGUGCAUCCCAAAUUAUAAGAAAGAAACUCCCAUUGUUUAGCCA